AACAUCACAGAGAAGAGAGAGAUUUCUUAUAUUCCCAUAGCUAUUAAGCAGAGGAGUCACAACUCACAACAGUAAGGGAAGAGAUAAAAGAUGAAAUGGAUGGCCCUCCGGAGAACGAUUGCUGUUCCAUCUGUCACGAUAACUUCAACAUUCCUUGCCAAGCCAAUUGCUCUCACUGGUUCUGUGGGAAUUGUAUUCUGCGCGUUUGGCAACAUGGAGCAGCACUUAGUCCAUGUAAAUGCCCCAUAUGUCGUCAUAGUAUAACUUUGUUGAUAACUCGUGAGGCAUCAUUACAGCACCCUCAUGACCCAGAAGUUAGUGAGGUUUUAAAAAGUAUCCGAAGGUACAAUCACUCAUUUGGUGGAGGCACGAAUAGUCUAAUUCAGGCCAUCAAUGGAAGCUUCCCUGUACGGCUCUAUUAUAUGCCAUGUGGCAGACCUGCUAGGACCCACACAGUUUGUGGACAGAGGUUACAAGACCUGCCAUUUUUGCUCUGGAGGUUGUCACGAGCAUUGGCGGAUCCCCAAAGAUCUCUUCCUCUUUUUUCCAGAUUGCGCAUGGUUUUACCAAUGCUAAUGACCUUCAUCUACAUGCUAAGCCCCAUUAACAUUAUCCCAAAAGGGAUCGCGGGAUUUAUAGGUAUAUUGGAUGAAGUCGUCAUAGCUCUCAUCCUUUUCCUACAUGUUGCUGCUAUGUAUCGAUCAGCACGUCUUUCCCGACAUGGAGGUAGUUGAUGAUCAGAUGUCCCAUUAUCAUGCAGUGUUGGAACCAAAGUCAUGAAACAUAAUAGACAUUUCCAAUUGGAUGUUGAGAAAGA